CCGCAGCUCGUAACACACAGCCCGCAUCCCUCCCCCGCCUAUCCGACAAGCCGGCAACAUGGUACGGGGACUCUCGCAAUGGACCAAGACCCUAAGCUUCCCGGCGAGGAUGUCGCCCCAGAGGCAGGCCAAGGAGGCGAAGGCCUAUCACGCGAGUCCGAGCGCGAGCCCUACCUCGCCGCCGAGCCCCGUUAGCGGGGACAAUAUCCUCGACAAGCCGCCAAUCUUCGCCGACCACGAGACUUUUCAAGAUUUGGAAGCUGAAAAGGCCAUUAUGGGAUCGAUCGUCUACUGCAUUCAUCACAAAGACGGCUGCAAAUGGUCCGACGAACUGAGAAAGCUCAAGGCACAUUUGAACACGUGCAAGCACGAUGCGAUACCAUGUAACAAUAAGUGUGGCGCCAUGAUUCCUCGCGUUCUAAUGGAGGAUCAUUUGAAGUACACCUGUGCUCAGAGACGCGCGAGGUGCGAAUUUUGCGCCAAAGAAUUCACUGGCUAUACGCUCGAGAAGCACAUUGGCACGUGUGGCUACGAGCCUCUUUACUGUGAGAACAAGUGCGGCAUGAAGGUACAACGCCGGCAUCUCGGCCAACAUAAAGUCGGCGAAUGUGCCAAGCGACUGAUGGCCUGUCGCUACUGCAACAAGGAAUUCGUCUUUGACACCCUGUCGGCUCACCACGCCAAGUGUGGCCGUUUCCCCGUUGCCUGUCCUCAUCGCUGCGAGACCGCGGUACUGCCCCGGGAGGACCUCGAGGUUCACCUCAAGGACCAUUGCACGACUCAUCUCCUCUCCUGCGCAUUCAAGGAGGCUGGCUGCAGAUUCAAGGGCAAUCGUUUCUCCUUGGACAAGCACAUGGACGAGUCAGCUAAAGCACACCUCGGCUUAAUGUGUAGCGUCGUCUCGAAGCAACAACACCAGAUCACGAGUUUGAAGACGGCCCUUGGUAAAAUGUCCCUCAACUAUUCCGGCACGCUCAUCUGGAAGAUUAGCGACUUUGCCGCGAAAAUGUCAGAGGCCAAGUCGAAGGAGGGAGUCGAGCUUAUCAGUCCACCGUUCUAUACUAGUCAAUAUGGUUACAAGCUGCAGGCUUCGCUCUUUCUAAACGGCAACGGGACCGGCGAGGGCACCCACAUAUCCAUUUACAUAAAGAUCCUGCCCGGCGAGUACGACGCUUUGUUACGUUGGCCUUUUUCUCACAGCGUGUCGUUUACGCUGCUGGACCAGGCGCUCGUCGCCGAAAAGGCAUGCAACAUCGUCGAGAGCUUCAUCCCCGAUCCAACUUGGAAGAAUUUUCAACGGCCGAGCCGCGAACCCGACUCCCUUGGUUUCGGCUUUCCUCGAUUUGUCUCCCACGAAAUGACUAAGAAGCGCCACUUCGUUAAGGAUGAUACGAUGUUCAUCAGAGUGAAAAUCGACCCAAGCAAGAUCGUCGCCGUAUAGAUGCUGUUUUUAUCAUCCAGUCCCACGGGGUCCCAAUCAUCGGAUCCCCCAAUAGCAUCUAAACGACCAGGAUCGCCGCCUGCCUUUAUCCAUCAUAUCCGGACUGCUUGCGUACGGUCUGGGGAUUCGUAAUUUUUCAUAGGACUACGCUCGUGUCAAAUUAUUAAUCGUAUACGCAAGUCUGAUCUCGAGUCUAACUUAUUUCACUUUUCGGAUCACGAAAUGCGAAUUAACGUAAGCACGCGCUAAAAUUGAUUAAUAUAUUGUACUUAUAUUGUUUAUAAUAAUACCAUUUUAAUCAGACGCAUCUCACUCCGAAAAGUGGCUCUACGACUUCUCGUCAUAGUUUUAUAUUAAAUCUAAGCCAAUAGUCGUUUAUUUUGGAGUGAUGGGAGCAUUAUUAUUAUUGGAUCUCGUGUGUAAAAUUCCUGAGACCUCUGUCUCUUUCCUUCCCAUAAUGUACGCUAAUAUUUUUAUAAUUCGUUACGCUUAGGCGAA